GGCGGGCUCGGUGGCUGUUGUGCUGGGCAGGAGGUUGGCCCCUUGUCUCCUGUCCGGGGACGCCUGGAACUGAGACAUGAAGAUGGUGCCCCGGGCUGUGCUCUUCCUGCUCUUGUCCACUCCUUUAUCAGCGGCCAUGGAGCCCAUCAGUAUGGGUAUUGCAGUCGGCGUGGCCACCGCUCUGACUGGCCUUCUCACCGGCACCUUCCCCAAGCUCUACUGCAAGUUCCAGGAGUGUUGUGAGGCCCAGUGGGUGGAACUCAACCUCACAGGGUUGAAGACGGACUUGGAUAAUAAACUAUUUGGACAACAUAUUGCCAAGCAAGUUGUUCUGAAGGCUGUAAAUGGUUUCUUAACAAAUCCAAACCCUAAAAAGCCCCUAACUUUGUCUCUACAUGGCUGGACUGGGACAGGCAAAAACCUAAUUAGUAAAAUAAUAGCCGAGAAUAUUUACAAAAAUGGACUGAAGAGUAACUAUGUUCAUCAGUUUGUCUCCACUUUGCACUUCCCUCAUCCUGAGUACCUCCACCACUAUAAGGAGCAGCUACAGGAAUGGAUCCGUGGUAAUGUUACCUUGUGUCCCAGGUCCAUGUUCAUUUUUGAUGAAAUGGAUAAGAUGCAAGCAGGCCUUAUAGAUGCCAUUAAGCCUUAUUUGGACUACUAUGAAAACAUUGGUGGAGUGGUGUACCGGAACGCCAUUUUCAUUUUUCUGAGCAAUGCAGGUGGAGAGAGAAUAACUGAGAUUGCACUGGACUUUUGGCACAAAGGAAACAAAAGGGAGGAUAUUCAGUUGAAAGAUCUUGAGAGUAAAUUGUCUGUUGGAGUCUUCAAUAACAAAAAGAGUGGUUUCUGGCACACCAGUCUCAUUGAUAAAAACUUGAUUGACUGCUUUGUCCCUUUCCUUCCUCUGGAAUAUAAACAUGUCAAGUUGUGUGUCAGAGAAGAACUGAAAGCCAGGGGUUACCAGGAGGAUGAGGACAUCAUUAUCAGUGUAGCUGAUGAAAUGACAUACUUUCCUGAAAAUGAAAAAAUCUAUUCACACAAAGGCUGCAAAACUGUGGCCACCAAGGUGGACUUUUACUUGUAGAAUGUGUAUGUUUUUUAAUUGAAUAUAUUUUUUUCAACACGGGACACUUUUUAAAAAAAAAUUGAAGAGGGCAUUUUUUCAGCAGUCGAUGGAUUUGAAAAUCUGUUUUCCUGGGGAUUUGAAUCUCUCCCAAAGUGUAACAGUUGUUCAUGUGGUGAUUUUAAGCUGCUAUUUACAAAUCGAGUGUCACACUUUGUUUACAUGCAAAUAAUGGUGAAGUAAUUUGUUGAAAAUGAUUGUAAAAUAUCAGUGAUGGGGCUGCAGUUCUUUGAAAAAUACAGCUUUUUGAUGAAAUUUAAAAUCUUGAGUAAAUACCCUUGAUGCAAGUACUGUGUUCAAGUUUCAUUCCCACCAUCCCACUUAAAGAAAUUACAGCAAGAGAGGUUAAUUUCUUUUUGCAAUGAACAAAUGACUUCCGUGCACAAGGUACUCAGUUUUUCCUCCUUAGAAGCAAACAUGGUUGAGUACGUGGGCCUUUUGAUUACUGAAUGACAUUUCAGUUUUGCCUUUACAUUCAGUGAUGCUUUUGUGUCAACAUUUUUACAAGUCAGAUCAUAUAAAUUGUAUAAAAAUUCCAAUUGUCUUCUUUUUACUAAGGCCAGUUAAUGAUACACAAAAAAGGCAAAUCGCGUGCCUGUUUUAGCAGUUACUUUUGUGAUGCUAAAUAUUUCCCGCAGAUACCUGAAUAAUCUUGUUGCCACAUUGUAGUGUCCAGUUGUGUGACUAGCUCAUUAUAAAGUAAGAUAAGUGUUAUUUAGUAAAAACUUGACAAGUGUGAUUUUUUUAAACUAAAUUUUUUCCACUGUAAACAGAAGAUUUGUUUUAAAAAAUUAAAUUUCAGCGUGAAAGUACAUGUUUUUUUUUUCUCCAGAUUCUUUUUAAUUGGACAUUUUUGUGAAUUGCAUUUCCAAUGGAAUUUGUAUCUAAAUGACUGUGGGGUGGCAAAACUUCAAUAAAUUUUAAUGUAACAGAUUGGACAUCAUUCCACAAACCCACAGGAAAGUCUAUUUGUAUUUCAUAAGUAAUGUAAUGCUAUGGCAUAAUUUGUCACACUGCUAAGUCAAAAGGUUUAACAAUAAUUGUGGUUUGAAACUUGGAAUGACACUGGAAGUUAGAGGUCCAUUAGUACAAGGAUACAGAUAAACCCUAAGUUUCUGUCUAUAUUGUGGAAUUUAGUGUUUUUUUUAAAAAGCAGCUAAUUUGUGGACAAAACAGACAAAAUUGCUGAAUAUAUUUAUUUCUAUUAAUGGCAAUAACAUUAAAGUCAGCGGGCAUGUUAAUUAUUGGAGAAAACCAUCUUAAGCUAAGUAAAAAAAAAAGCAUUUUAUAUAAAUUUUUAUAACUUGCUAAUAUUUUUGAUAACUAAACAUUUUUGUAGCAAAUCCAGAUAAAAUGAUUCAGCUGAUUGACAACAGUAAUUUGAAAAGACAGAAGCAUAUUCACCUCUGAAAAGACCCCGGCUUAACUUGUAUAGCAAUUUGCAGAGUUUAAGGUGAAUACCAGAACUUCAAUCAUAAAUUUCAUAUUCAGUUGCAACAAAAUUGCAAGGGCAAACUUGCAACAGGACCAGUGUUAGGAAUUACAUUCAAAAAGAGUGCGCGUUCUGCUUGUGUUUGCGUUUGCUUCUGCUUCACAUCAAAAACUCAAACUGCCUUCGUAAAUGAUGGUCAUGGCUGCAAGAACUUUGGCACUUCGUGAGGUAGUCUUGCAUCCCUCUCACUGUUGCAAUGGUACUCUUGAGGUCUGUCUGCUGUUUCCCUGAACUCUCCUUGGAAAAAAUACAUUUGGUCUGCAUCUUCACUGUAUGUUUAUUUUGCACUUGUCUUCUCCCCAAGUGUGUGAAAUCCUUCACUGUGCUCUAUGGCUAGUGAAUGGAAACAGACCACAUCUCAAAGAUUUGAUAGUUUCCAUCAAUGGUUUGCCAUUGUGGUAUGAAUUUCCUGCCAUUUGGCAGAUUUGAAUCAUUUAAAGGUGUGUCCACUACUUAUAUGUCAGGUGAUAUUUCCUACCCUCAUUGAAAACAUUGAGCAUGUCAGUGACUGCUAUGUGGUAAAGAAUCACCUUAAACUGCAAAUUCCAUCUUGUCACUAAUAGUUGUGCUGAAAGAAUCACUUUAUCAGGAUCAAUCUUCUACUUCUUUGGAAAGAAAGCUUGAGAGAGAUUAACACUCCACUGAUUGCUGGACAGCAUCUGUAGCAAAUUAUAAUGCAGACCCCCCCCCCCCCCCCUUAAAACUUAAAUUUAUGCUGAUGUCCUAGACUCUGUCAAAUUAUAUCUCAAAGUUUGUCAGGUAUUUGAUGAAAGUUUGUGACACUUGAAUAAUUAACAACUUCAAACCACAUUGCAACUCUUAAAGCGUUGCAAUGAAAAUUGGAUGCAAUUGUUGUUUGACAUUUUGCUUCUGAUGUCAUUAUUGAUUCAGUUUUGCACUUGACAUCUUAUGACAUCACAGAUAAUCUGAUUUUAUGUGAACAUCAAUGCACAACUUGAGUAUAGUUAAAGGUCUUAUUACAAUUCAAGAAAAGGAUUUUCUUUCUUCAUGUUGCCUUGUGUGAUCUAAAGCACCAACAUUUAGCAGCUAUUGCCAUUUUAUGGCACUUCAUGUACUGUAACUGCACUGUCCAAUAAUUACUAACUUAUUAUGGGUUGGAGGUCUAAAAGUAGAUCAAAAUUCUUGACUGUAAUUCUAAUUAAAUGAUUCAUUGAUUC